AUGCAGGCCACUGCCAGGACUGAUUUCCAGCACCUCCCGCGGGUGUUGCAGGGGGAGGACGAGGACAGUUGGUUUGGGAUUACAGACCCCAAAAUACGACGAAGAUUGCAGAAUCGGUUGAACCAGCGGGAAAGGCGCAAGCGACUACGAGCAUCGGACACCAGCUCCAAUCAGCUCGAGCAGCAGCUGGGUCCUGGUGCAGAAUCCGCCAACCAUAUCGACCGGAUUUUGAGGAUUUUGGAUGCAAUACGUAUUUUGGGUCCAGCCGCCAUUAACGCUGCAGCCGUUCUCAAGCAGCUUGAAAGCGCUAUUGUCUUUGGAGCUCGAUGUAACGCCUGGUCUCCGGCGGCAGAUUUACGUCUCGGGGUUACAAGGCUGAAUGUCUUACGAGCAUUGCAUGCCAAUCUCGAGGUCCUGGGCUAUCGGCCAAGCGAUAUCGAGGACGAUGCACAGUCAACUUUCACAGUUGAGAGGCCAUCAAGGCACCCUGAUCGAGACAUCAUUGAGGCCAAGCUCCCAUCGGCACUAAGGCCGACAGUCAUUCAGCGCACAAUUCCUCACCAUCCAUGGCUGGAUCUCAUCCCCUUCCCGUGCAUGCGAGACACCCUGAUCUUGGCUCAGGAUUUCAUUGACGAUGAACAACUUUGCCAAGAUAUGUCUGGUCGGGGUAGCCCCGUCGUGCAACAGUCUAAUCUUGAUGCAGGUAUUGGGGAGACUGGUAUCUUGGUGUGGAAAGACCCAUGGGACCCAUCCGGCUGGGAGGUCACCCAGGUUUUCAUCCAACGAUGGGGCUGGACUUUGCGAAACUGCCCCGAGCUACUUCGUUCGACGAACGCAUGGCGAAGAUACCGGGGGGAAAGGCCACUUUUCACUGUCUCGGAGAAUGACAUGGAAUCGGUACAUGCCAGGAUUCUUGAAAUAGGUGCCGGAACAGGUGGAGCUACAGAUCCGGUUCUAGAAGGCAUUGGGACAUCAUUCUCCUCCUAUACGUACACCGAUGUAACUCUGGAGAACACACAACAGCUGCUGAAGGCCGGGGGGUAUCUUGUGCUGUUGGGAUUGACCAACAGCGGGACAAUCCGCGUCAGUAACGUUAUGGGAGGCCUUCCUGGAUGGUGGCUCGAGGUAGAUAAGGGCCCUAAAUAUACGCCUGUUAUGAACCCCGGACAAUGGGGCACUAUUCUUCGCAAGGCUGGCUUUGGAGGAAUUGUCGCCAUCCUCCCGGCGAUCGACCCAAAGGAUUUGCCGUUUUCUAUCACGGUAUAA